AUGACUGCGGGAUCGCCAAGCCUCGCGGCCGCUCAAUUCGUGACCGUUUCAGCUCUGGCAUCAUACAAUGCCUUCUUACCAACCUCACUUCAAUCAUGUCUUAGUAAAACGGGCGCGAAGAUAGUCUACCCCACCGACCAGGCCUAUGAGUCGCUGUCCAAACCCCAGAACUCCAACUACCAGGCCUAUCCAGAGGUCAUUGUCAUCCCCGCAUCCACCGAGCAUGUCGCUGCGACUGUCAAAUGCGUGGCUGCCGAAAAGGGCAAUGUGAAGCUCAGUCCUCGGGGCGGCGGGCACAGCUACGCUGCGUAUAGUUUCUCAGGCCAAGUGGUUCUCGACCCGAGUCGGAUGAAAGGGAUCUCCAUCGACGAGGCGAAGAGGGUGGUGACUGUGCAAUUUGGGCAGACUCUGGUUGUGGGAUUAGAGUUUGUCGAUGUGAGCGGGAAGAUCAAGCAACUGAGCCCUAGCUCUACGGGACACGAUGCCGAGCUCUGGUGGGCGCUGCGCGGUGCAGGAUCGAACAACUUCGGUGUGGUUACGGCGUUUACAUUUUCACUGGAACAGGCCCCGACCGAUGUUGUCAAUUACGAACUCUACUUUGGACCAGAACCGGAUUGUGCCCAGGUCCUCUUGCAAGUCCAGGAGCUAGGUCAACUUCCCGCCGAUAGUUCGGACGGAAUUUCUCUCGACUUAGGGAUCGAAGUCCUUCUCAUGGGCCGAGACGACAACCAGAACAGCGCCUGCAUUUUACAAGGCCAGUUUCUCGGCAAACGGUCCGCAUACGAAACCGCCAUGAACAAGAUCCUACAAAGGCUUGCCGCGCAAGGCAUCAAGCCCGUUCGGUCCGAAUCCAAGAUCAAAGCAUUCCAUAACUGGGUUGCCGCGCUCACCGACCUCAUGGGUCCCUUAGAAGCAUCGGACGCGCCUCUGCCUUACUACGCCCAGUCUGCCAUGGACAGCGGCACACCCGGAUAUGACAAAAACCAGGUACAGCGCAUUUUCGACGGGCUUCGCGCGGCACGGCAAACCAACGGCUCCGAACCCGACGUGUCCUUCGACUUACUCGGUCCAGGUGCAAAGACUAAUCUUCCCACGUCGAGUGGUGAUAUGGCGUAUAUCCAUCGGACGAGUUUAUUCCUGGUUCAGAUCUACUCGGCGUAUUUCCCGGGCUUUGGGGAUUCCGCGGCUCAUCAGGAUGCAGUGGAUAAGGUCACCGGGAUCACGAGUGCCGUGAGGCGGCCCAGGCCCGGUAGUGAAUGGCACUCGUAUCAGAAUUAUAUUGAUCCUCAUCUGGCGAACUUUGGACGCGAGUAUUAUGGGGAUGCGUUGGAGCGGUUGAAAGCGAUCAAGGUUGCGGCGGACCCUGAUGUGGUUUUUGAUUUUUCCCAGGGGUUGAGUCAUGUAUGA